GUCAGUAGCCUUCGUUUCUCGCUCCGUGUCCCGUACAGUUACAUAAAAGGGGCUUUCGCCAGACGAAAAUUUGUUCGCGAUUUGUUAUGGUCAUGUGACACGCAUCGCGUUUUCCACGAAGUGACACUUUCGGUUCGCCGACAACGUUUCAAUUCGAAACUAUCCCCCCGCAACUUUUAUUAUUUAAUUUCACGGAUUUUCUUUUUACGUCGAUGUGCUCAUACAUGAAAAUGGACACGUGGAUGCAAGAUGUGGUGUCUAUGAUGUCCGACAAUGGGGUCGACGUGUCGAGCGGAAUGGCGCACAUCAAGAAGGAGAUGGACGGCUCGUUUGCGGAGUGCUCCCCGUCCAACAGCGACAUGUACUCGCCUACGACGACGGUGAUGCACGAUCAGGGAAUCGAGUUCACCGACAACAAGGUGCAGUAUGAGAAGCUGAAGUCUCCGGGGAGUCCAGAUAGACAGUACUGUUCUUCUACUACCCAACCACAUACCGACUCAGGGAUUGGAAUUGUUGAGGAUGGGAUGAAGGAGGAGGAUUCUCCGCGGAGACUUUGCCUGGUUUGUGGGGACGUCGCGUCCGGAUUUCAUUAUGGUGUCGCUUCCUGUGAGGCUUGUAAAGCGUUUUUUAAGCGUACUAUUCAGGGAAACAUAGAAUAUACAUGUCCAGCUUCCGGUGAAUGUGAAAUAAAUAAACGAAGAAGAAAAGCGUGUCAAGCAUGUAGAUUUACAAAAUGUUUAAGAUCAGGAAUGUUAAAAGAAGGAGUACGAUUAGAUAGGGUACGAGGCGGGCGGCAAAAGUACAGAAGAAACCCAGAAAGUCCAUAUCAAGUACAAGUAGUUUCCGCGCAACAACGUGCUACAGUUUGUCUCGAUGAUAUUAAGAUGUUAGAAGCUUUGGUUAGUUGCGAACCCGAAAUAUUAGAAUCGAACACAACGUUAGAAAAUAACAAAUACAAAACAUUAUCGAUAUUAAGCGAUCUGUAUGAUAAAGAAUUGGUCGGAAUUAUUGGCUGGGCUAAACAGAUUCCAGGAUUUACAGAUUUAUCACUUAACGAUCAAAUGCGAUUAUUGCAAUCCACUUGGGCUGAAAUUCUCACAUUGACGUUAGCGUACAGAAGUCUACCACUUACUGGACAGAGAAAAUUAAAAUUUGCUAGUGAUUUUAGUUUAGAGGAGAAACAAGCUAAAGAAUGUGGAGCUUUGGAAUUAUAUCAAACGUGUUGUCACGUUUGUGAAAGAUUAGAAGUCCUUUCGAUACAAAAAGAAGAAUACUACCUCUUAAAAGCCCUAGUAUUGGCUAAUUCCGAUGUAAAACUUGAAGAAUGUCACAAUUUAAAAAGGUUUCGAGAUGCGAUACUUUCAGCACUAGUUGAUGUUGCCAAUAUACUCAGGUGUAAUAACUCAGUAAAUCAAGUACAACAACUUUUAUUGUGUAUGCCUGCAUUAAGGCAAGCAGAUCAUGUGAUUAGAAAGUUUUGGUCGAAUGUGCAUCAGCAAGAAUCGUCGGUGCCCAUGAAUAAGCUCUUUUUGGAAAUGCUAGAGGCUUAUAGUCGGUAGCCUUAGUGAUGAAGUGGGAAAAUAUGACGUCGUUAAGUGUCGUUAUGUGGAAUGGAAGUUUUUAUUUUUUUUAGGAACCAGUGAUAGAUAUCUUAGAAUUCCUCUCAUUUACUUUAUUUGUAUAUAAGCCGAAUUAAGUAGAUACGUACGAGAAGAUGUUUUAUUAAUUAAGUUGCUUCUUCAACUUAUUUCGUUUUGUUAGUGCGUAAUCGACGUGCAUUUUUAUUUGACUAUAUUGUUGUUCUAUACCUCAUUUUCUCUUUAUAUUUAUGAUUCAGUUGAUUUAGUUUUUAUUUUCAGCCUUUAUAUAAAUUUACCCCCUAUCCUUUGCUUUUUAACCUGUUGUUUCUAAUAUUUUGAUGACGAUGGACAAAGAAAUGUGAUGGUAGCAGAAGAAACCACGUUGUUCUCUGCUUGUGUUAAUAUUUUUGCCAUUAUAUUAUUGUAUGUUGAUAUACGAAAAGAAGGAACAUGAUACGUUAUAAUAAGAUUAAUUUUAUCAGUACGUAAAAUAAGGUAUGAAUAGAAAAAAAGAAAAUUGUAAUUUUUACCGAAGCCAGUAGUUUUUUGAAGCACAAUGAUGUACUUACAACAAAUCUCAUAUAUCUCGGUUUUAAGAUAUUUUAUCAUUUGUACGAGUACGAUUUUAUUAAAGAUUAAAGAAACGAAAAGGUCUAAAAUUUUACACGUUCAUGUUGUAGAAAUAUUGUUGUUUAAAAAUAAAAUUAUAAAACAAAAUAAAACUUUCA